AUGACAACCAACGACGAUAACGAUGACGACUUCAACGGCUACGACGACGAUGCCAAUGUCGAGAACACCGGCAACGACACCGACACCGACAACGACAGCGGCUGCGACUACUACGAAAGAGUCGCCGACAACUACUAUACGGAUGAGAACUACGUACUACCACAAACAAUGCCGGCAAUGCUAUUCAAUGGUAAUCGUAGUUCCAAUAGCAAUAGCAAUAACAAUAACAACUAUAACAAUAAUAGCAACAACAAAACGUCCGGUAAGAAUGCAACAACUACGAUAAGAGUGGCAUCGUCAUCGCCAUCGCCAUCGUCGUCGUCGUCGGCAGCAGCAAAAUCAAAAGCAAUGGCAGGAACUAAACGGAAUAAGAAUAUUCCUGAAUCCUAA